AUGACGGAGAAUCAUCCCCCUGCUACGACCCAGGCAACGUUGCCUACGCCCGUUGCUGAAGCUCCAAUUCAGGCAACUGCGACCCCAUCCGCUUCUGUCGCCGCAACUGCCGCCGCCACCGCUGCGGUUAACAGCCCCUCUUUGAAUGGCGGAGAGCAGCUACCUUGCCAGUGGGUUGGAUGCACCGAGAAGUCCCCUACUGCCGAGUCUCUCUAUGAGCAUGUUUGCGAGCGCCAUGUUGGUCGCAAGAGUACUAAUAACCUCAACCUGACCUGCCAGUGGGGUACCUGCAACACCACCACAGUCAAGCGCGAUCACAUCACCUCUCAUAUCCGAGUUCAUGUGCCGCUGAAGCCUCACAAGUGUGAUUUCUGUGGCAAGGCCUUCAAGCGUCCCCAGGAUUUGAAGAAGCAUGUCAAGACACAUGCCGAUGACUCCGAGAUUCGCUCUCCCGAACCUGGAAUGAAACAUCCUGAUAUGAUGUUCCCCCAAAACCCGAAGGGUUAUACUGCUGCCACCCACUACUUCGAAAGCCCCAUCAAUGGUAUCAAUGGUCAAUAUUCCCAUGCACCACCUCCCCAGUACUAUCAGCCACACCCCCCGCCUCAGGCCCCUAAUCCUCAUUCUUACGGCAAUGUUUACUAUGCUCUGAGCCAGGGACAGGAUGGGACCCACCCUUAUGACCGCAAGCGUGGAUAUGAUGCGCUGAAUGAGUUUUUUGGCGACUUGAAGCGCCGUCAGUUUGAUCCUAACUCCUAUGCUGCGGUCGGCCAGCGUCUGCUGAGUCUGCAGGCCCUUCAGCUCCCUAUUCUCAACGGCCCUGUGCCUGAAUAUCAGCAAAUCCCUGCAUCAGUCGCGGUCGGUGGAGGUGGUGGCUAUAGCCCCGGUGGCGGCCAAGCUCCUGGCUACCACCUUCCCCCCAUGUCCAAUGUUCGGACGAAGAAUGAUUUGAUCAACAUCGAUCAAUUCCUCGAGCAAAUGCAGAACACCAUUUACGAAAGCGAUGAGAAUGUGGCAGCUGCCGGCGUUGCUCAACCUGGCGCGCACUAUGUGCAUGGCGGCAUGAACUACCGCGCUACUCACUCCCCGCCGACCCAGCUCCCGCCAAGCCACGUUACUGCAACCACCUCCGCUCCUAUGAUGGCUGCUUCCGCUCAUUCCCCGUCCGUCGGCACCCCGGCUUUGACCCCACCUUCCAGCGCACAGUCAUACACCUCCAACCGCUCCCCUAUCUCCAUGCACCAAGCCCACCGCGUGUCGCCCCCUCACGAGAGUGGCCCAGGCAUGUAUCCCCGCCUGCCCUCGGCUACCGUCGCCGACAGUAUGACUGCCGGCUACCCGACCACUUCGGGUGCUGCAGCGCCUUCUACCCUGAGCGGCGCAUAUGACCAUGAUGAUCGUCGUCGCUACACCGGCGGUACUUUGCAACGCGCCCGGCCGGCCGAGCGUGCUGCUACCGAGGACCGUAUGGACAUGUCCCAGGAUAUCAAGCAUGAUGGCGAGCGCACUCCCACCAAGGAGCACCCCGCCGUUCACAUCUCAGAAAGCUUGAUUGACCCUGCCCUGUCCGGUACCUCCGAUCCCGAUCAGGACGCAGUCAAGCGCACUGCGCAGGCCGCCACCGAAGUUGCUGAGCGGGAUGUUAACGUUGCUUGGGUGGAGAAGGUCCGCUUGCUCGAGAACCUGCGUCGGCUGGUCUCCGAUUUGCUGGAGGCCGGAAGCCUCAAUGUCGAAUAUGGAGCACAGACCACCUCUGUCUCCCCCACAUCCGGGCUCGAUGCCAUGGAGGGGGUCGAGACUGCACGUGCCGCUUCGGAACAGCCCAAGGAGGAACCCACUAAGGCCGAGAGCGAGGCAGUCUUCUAUCCCACAUUACGUGUGGUAGAUGAGGAUGAGGAUGGAGAUUCUAAAAUGCCUGGGGCUGCGUAA